AUGAUUGUUCAAUUUUUCCAAUAAGGAUUAUAAGGAGUAUAGGAUUUCAUUAGUCAAGCUCCCUUUGGAAUCAAAUUAUUGACAAUAAUUACUCUAAAUGUCUAUUUGAUUAAUUUUUUAUUUAAAGACAUCUUUUCAAUAUAUUUUAUGGAUUUUCCAUUUAAGGUAUUAUAUAAAUAUCAAAUAUGGAGAUUGUUCUUUACUCAAUUUAUAGAAUGUAAUAUAAUAUUUUAUAACUAAUAGAAAAACUUGGAUUAAUACUAGUACCUUAUUUUAUGUGUAAGAAUCUUUCAGAUGUAGAAAAAAACCUUGGAACAGUUGUAUUCCUAAUUGAUUUCUUUUUCAAAAGUUUCAUGAUUCAAGUAUUUCUUCUCUCUAAUUAGGUUAUAUUCUUAAUUAUUUCCAUAAUAACAAAUAAAAUAUAUAUACCUUCAUUUGGUUUAUGGAAUGUGUAUUUUGUUUUCGUUAGUUUAGAGUAAAAAUCAUUAUUAUCUUAGGUGUUUUAAAAAUCCAGAUUCAUUUCGAACAAUUUUCUUAUGUCCUUGUAUUUUUUCUGCCAAAUACACUCCAUAUUUUCUUUUUAUUUUUGGAUAAUUAAUAAGUUAAAGCUAUGAUAUUACCGCAGCUUUUAUAUUACUAUGUGUUGAAACUUAUUUCUUCAAUUAUAUGAUAUUGAGACCUAGUCAAGUAUAAUAAUAUCAUUUUAAUUCAAUAGCAAUUUAUUCAAAAAUUAGAAAAUAGUUUUCUAUUUAGAUGCUUUAAAUCCAGAUCAGAUUUCUUUAUUAUGACAUAAAAUUUAUAAGUUAAUUCUUCAUAUUAAUCCGAAUUACCAGUUUAACAUUUUUAAGAAUUUUCAGGCAAAGGAAUUCAAAUUGGAGGUACCCUUAAUUUUGAUACUAUUGAAACCAUUAAUAAGUAAUAAUUAUUGAAAUUUAGUUAUUAAUAUUAAGAAGUCGAUAAAUAAUAAAGCCAAUAAAGUAAAUGA